AUGGGCAGUUCCUCCAUUUUCUUCCUAUGUAGUGUUCUAUCUUCUUUCCUCCUAUAUGUCAUCAUGGCGCAACCACUUUCGACCGAUUCCCGAUGGGUCGUAAAUGAAUCCGGCCAGCGCGUGAAGUUGGCGUGCGUAAAUUGGGUAUCGCAUCUCGAUGUGGUGGUGGCUGAAGGGCUAACCAAGCAGCCAGUGGAUGUGAUUUCGAAAGGGAUUUUGGAUAUGGGAUUCAACUGUGUUAGGCUAACUUGGCCACUUUUUUUGUUCACUAAUGACACUUUAGCCUCAAUCACUGUAAGACAGUCUUUCAAUAACCUCCGUUUGGUCGAAUCCAUCGCAGGUUUACAGGCAAAUAAUCCCUCCAUUAUUGAUCUUUCGCUUAUCAGUGCUUACCAGGCAGUGGUGGCCAGUCUUGCAAAUAACAAUGUGAUGAUAAUAUUAGACAAUCACAUAAGCAGGCCAGGUUGGUGUUGCAGCAAUUUUGAUGGAAAUGGCUUCUUUGGGGAUCAAUAUUUCAAUCCUGACAUAUGGAUAAAUGGCCUAACCAAGGUAGCCACAAUGUUUGAGGAGACCAACAAUGUAGUAGCCAUGAGCUUGAGAAAUGAACUCCGAGGCCAAAAACAGAAUGUAAAUGAUUGGUACAGGUAUAUGCAAAAAGGUGCUGAAGCAGUGCAUGCAGCAAAUCCUAAUAUUCUUGUCAUACUAUCCGGAUUGAAUUACGAUACAGAUCUCUCUUUUACCCUCAACAAGCCCGUACAACUAACCUUCACUAACAAGCUAGUUUUCGAGGUGCAUUGGUACAGUUUCUCCAAUGGAAAGGCGUGGGAAACAUCCAAUCCAAACCUUGUUUGUGGGCAAGUUUUGGGUAACCUAAUGAGGAAUGCAGGGUUUGUAUUGGACCAAGGAUACCCGUUGUUUGUGAGUGAGUUUGGAGUGGAUAUGAGGGGCACUAAUGUCAAUGACAAUAGGUAUUUCAAUUGCUUCAUGGGAUGGGCAGCUGAAUAUGACUUGGAUUGGGCAUUGUGGACACUAGUUGGGAGUUAUUAUUUUACAGAAGGGGUUGUGGGAAGGAAUGAAUAUUAUGGGGUUUUAAAUUGGAAUUGGUGUGAUAUUAGAAACUCGAGCUUCCUGCAAAGAAUUUCUGCUCUGCAAUCUCCUUUUCGAGGGCCAGGUUACGACGAAAUUCAUCCCCAUAAAUUAAUUUACCAUCCAAUGACUGGUCUCUGUAUUAAAAGGAAAUCAAUUUAUGAACACUUUGUUUUAGGUCCAUGCUCUGAGGCUGAAGCAUGGACGUAUACGCCCCAGAACACACUAACAAUUAUGGGCACAUAUUUCUGUCUGCAAGCAGAGGAAUUGGGGCUACCGGCAAAACUUGGUGUAAUCUGCAGUUGCUCGAGUUCAGAAUGGGAAACUAUCUCAGAUUCUAAAAUGCACCUCUCUUCUAAACUAGCAGAUGGCAGUGAUGUCUGUUUGGACAUCAACUCAAACAAUGUUGUUGUUACGAAUGCUUGUAAAUGCUUGGAUAGAAACAGUACCUGCGACCCGGGAAGCCAGUGGUUCAAGAUCAUAGACAGCACCAGGUGUAUAUCUGCUACAAAAUCCUCUGUCAGGAUCAACUCAAUCUUCAGUUUCAUGGCAAAGAAUCUGUUAGCAGGCUUUAGCAGGAAGCAUGAUACAUAG